UUAAAAAACAACUUGCAAAUGAACGAAUGAAAUGUCGUGCCGCUGAAGAGACAGCAGCAAGGGCAAGAGCCAUGUUACAGUGUUCAUCUACAAAGCAGACACCGUUAAAGAGGAAGACCACUUCAGAUGGGAAGGAAACCAUUCCAGUUAAGAAAGCAAAGACGGAUCAAGAUAUCAUUCCAGAUCCAAAAGAGGAUGCAAUUUUGAUUCCUCCAAGUCCUCUUAAAAAACAAAAGAAACUGACAAAGAAAGCCAUUGUCUCUUUGGACCCUCUUCCAGUACAGAAAACUCAGACAGAUCGAGACAUUAUUCCAGGUGCAAAGGAGGAUAUGAUUUUGAGUCCUCCAAGUCCCCUUAAAAGACAAAAGAAACUGACAAAGAAAGCCAGUGACGUUAAGGAGCACGUUCCAGUGACGGAAGCUAAGACAGAUCAAGACAUAAAUCCAGGUCCAAUGGAGGAUAUAUAUUUGAGCGUAAGUUUAGACAAUAUCUUGUUUCAUAAUCAUAUUGUAAGCCGUCUCUCUUCUUGGUGA